AUGAACUUCGUGCUGGCAGAGUUCAUCACGAAGCUGGUACUGACCAGUAUACUCUUGUCUGCUAGUGCAAUUAUGUCCAGGAGGAGCACUAGACUGUACGUGGAAGACGGCGACGAAAUGGAGCCAGCACCAGCUACAACCACCACAGAGCCCAAGGUCGUGGAGACGGCCACGACUCCACUUGUCGAUAUGGAGAGAACAGUCUCUGCCAGUAGCCACACAAGCACUGCGACAAACACCUCAAGCAGCAGCUCUCUGAGCUCAGAGGGAUCCGCUGCUGUGGAUGUCCACCGGGUGUUUGCAAAUAACCUUAGCCAUGGCCUUGACCAUGAUCUCAGGUUCCAUGCUGCACCUUCUGGCCUGCACAGACCCCACAACUUUGGACUGGUUCUCCCCGGAGUGUAUCGGAGCAGUUACCCUAAGGCGGAGGACUACGAAUUCAUUCAAGGGCUGAAGUUGAAGACGAUUGUAACCCUGGUCCACAAAGACUUUCCUGAUGCUUACAAGUCAUUCAUCACAACAAAUGGCAUCCGGCAUCAUAUCUUCAACAUGAAAGGAACCAAAAAGGAAGAGAUCCCCUUGAAGACCAUGCAGGCAAUUCUCAGCAUUGUCAUGAACAAGCAAAACUACCCCUUGCUUAUUCACUGCAAUCAUGGCAAGCAUCGAACCGGCUGUGUCGUGGCUGCUGUGCGGAAAAUUGCUGGCUGGGAGCUUUCCACUAUUCUGGAAGAGUAUAGAACAUAUGCUGCUCCCAAGGCCCGCGAGUGUGAUAUCGAGUAUAUCACAAAAUUCCAGGUGGCAAGCCUAACUGGCGUGUUGGCGGCGAGGGGACCAACUGCCCACUUUCGAGUCCACAACUUCUUUCGAGCCACUCUAUUGACAUUUGUUGUCCUCGUCAUCUGGCUCGUUAGCGGCAGGGAGAUUGAAGAGGCUCGGCAACCACCGGACAAUAGGCAAGAGGCUGAGACGAUGAACUGA